AUGGGGGAUGAUAGCCAAAAUUAUCAAUUAUAUUUGAGGUCUCUUGAUGAUAGUCAAUUUAUAUCACAUUUCAAGAAUUUGAGUCAAAGAAGCGAUGUGGUUAGAGAAGAUUCAUUUCAAGCACAGUCGACCCUAUCAAGAGAAGUUGAUGUUGUUAAUAGUUUCACUUCAACGAGUACAGACCCGUUUAACGAUGGGUUGGAUGACGAACUAUUAAAAUUGGUUGCAAAGGAUAAUGAUCCGGCAAACGUAACUGAUGAUGACGAAGUUGAACAGCUUCAAGAAAAUUUCGGAGAUGCUGCUGACGAUAACAGGAUAUCGAAUUCUUUUCGAGAUAAAGAAUAUGAUGAAGUUAAGCUGGACGAAGAGGAUCCAGAGGUAGGACCAGUCCAUGAAUUUGGUGAUUUCGGAUUAUAUUUUCGAAACAAACUCAUAAAGCAGCAAAAAUCGGAUAUUGAGUAUAUUAAGUGGGAGAAUAAGAGAAGAAGAAGAGAAGGUAAAGAUCAGUUAGUACCUGUUUUUCAAGGUUGUAUUAUUCAUGUGAACGGAUACACUGUGCCGUCAAUUAAUGAAAUUCAUCGAUUGGUGAUUUUACAUGGUGGAAAGUUUUUGAGCUAUCUAGGAAAGAAAUCAGCUGCUACCCACAUAAUCUGUGAUAGGCUUACACCAAGGAAAAGAAUUGAAUUCAAAAACUGUCGCGUUGUAAAAGCAAAAUGGAUCGUCGAUUCUGUUGAUAAGCACAAAUUACUUAAUUGGUUCGAUUAUAGAUUGAUAGAGGAUAUUGAAUACGGCCAAACUCGAUUGGAGUUUGGGGCGGCCAAGGCUAGCGAUAGCUAUGAGGAAAAUGAAGGAAGUCAGCAAAUGAGUGAACGUGACCGUGUCGAGGGCGAGGGCCUGUUAGAGGAACUGGUUCAAUCAGAGCCACUCAAAACUGAGUCAUUAGACGAUAUUAAACUCAAUUCAGGUAAUACAAAUGCCAUAGAUGCUAGGCAUCCUGAAUUUUUGAAACACUUUUUUGCUAAAUCGAGACUUCACCACUUAAGCACUUGGAAAGCAGACUUGAGGUUGCAAUUUUUGAGGCGAAUUAUUAAGGAAGAACAGCACACAUCCCAAAAUAAGGCUAAAAUAAAUGAAAGAUUGAUUUUACAUAUCGAUUUUGAUUGCUUUUUUGCCACUGCUUCCUGUCUCAACUAUCCAAACAUCGAUGUUAAAACCCAACCAGUGGCCGUCAGCCACGGAACAAUAACUUCAGAUGUGGCCAGCUGCAAUUACGUAGCAAGAAGCUUCGGUGUUAAAAAUGGAAUGUGGAUGAGAAGCGCGAGACGAAAAUGCCCCAAUCUUAUCACUUUAAAUUAUGACUUUGAUUCUUAUGAAAAUAGAUCAACUAAAUUUUACGAUUACUUAGUCAAUCGUCAUAUUUUUGAUUCCAUAUUUCCAGUUCUGAUAGAUGAAGUCUUGGUUGAUGCUAGUUCGUAUUGUGAUGGCCCUGACUUCCAGGCGUCCGUAGAAAAGUUGUGUCAAGAAAUAAGGAGAGACGUUUUUUCUCUAACUCAAUGUCCAGUUAGUAUUGGUGCAUCGCAUAAUGUCCUCCUAGCUCGUUUGGCGCUACGAAAAGCCAAACCUGACGGAUAUUUCCACUUAAAGGAUAAUGUUGAAGAAUUUUUGCGAGAGAUUCCGUUAACUGACUUGCCAGGAAUUGGUGAAAAUGUGAAACAUAGAUUAAUUACAGAGUUGAAGAUGGAGGGAAAGACUCCAAAGGAAAACCCUGUUAUAGAGGACUUACUUUUUUUCUCCGAGCUCAAGUUAAGUGCCAUUUUUGGUGAAAAGACUGGAAAAAAAUUACAUCAAUAUGCAAGGGGAAUUAGUGAGGCUACCAUAAGUAUUGAUAUAAGUAAUAGUGAAGCGGCAUUGGGACGAAAGUCUCUUUCGGUAGAGGUUAAUUAUGGAAUAAGAUUUGAUAAAAUUGAACAAGCUGAUUUCUUUUUAAUGCAGAUUUCAGAAGAAUUGCAUUCCAGGUUGGUCAAGCUUAGACUUUGUGGCUCGAAUCUAUCUUUGAAGCUUGCCAGAAGAUCCCCGGAUGCUCCAUUAGACCCUCCAAAGUAUCUUGGAAUGGGUAUAUGUGAUUCUUUCAGUAAAUCGUCUAGUUUAGGAGUUCCCACAAAUGACUGGGGUGUCGUAGGCUCAGAGUUAAAAUCGCUCUUCAGAAUUAUCAACGUUCCUAUACAUGAGUUAAGAGGAAUUGGCGUGACUAUGACUAAAUUGGAGGACAUAGAGGUCCUCAAAAAAAAUAGACAGAGAAGGUUGCCAUUCGAAACUGGCAAACCUGCGAUGGAUACUGGCGAAGACAGCAAGAAAAGGAAGUCUAAAGAUAAUGUUUUAAAUUCUUUGCCUGAUGAAGAUAUAGAUUGGGAUGUGUUCAAAGAGUUGCCUCAAGAUAUAAAGAAAGAAUUGCUCUCAGAGCUUAGAAGACGCUUUCAUACGUCUUCCGAAUUCCCAUCUCCCGUCAAAAGACAAAUAAUGGGCAAGCUGCCAUCAAAACUUGACCGAGGCACCAAAGUGUAUCUUCAACAACUACUUCCAUCGCAGUCUGGAAACCAAGUGAAAUAUAUAAGAACGAUUGAAUCCCCUACGAAACUCUCUAAGAAGCGUCAAAAAGUGGUGAGGAACAAUCUGCCGACAAAAAAUAAGUCACCAGAAUUUGAGAUUAACUCUAGUUCUUAUGACUCGAGCGUGUUGAACGAGUUGCCGUCCUCUGUUAGGAAUGACGUUUUGAAAGACAUCGAAUAUAAGAAGAAAAUAAAAAAGUUUGACCUAGUUCCAUUGAAAGAAAAAAUUGAAAACAAAUAUAAGAAGCAGAGAUCAAAAGUCCAAGAAAUUUCGUCGGAUUGGAUCUCAAAUCAAAGACGAUCGUUUGCGACUCCUUUGUUUUUAAAUCGUGAGUCUUCGUUUCCCCAAAUAAAAUCGCAAUUAGAAGGGUGGGUUUCGUCCUCUCUUCGUCAAAAUGGACCACAUCCAGAUGAUGUGUCGAUACUUGCACAAUAUUUUAGAGACCUUUUGAAUGUUGGAAGCCUUAACAGAUGCUUAAUUUUACUUGAGUGGCUCAGAACUAAUAUCGAAUGUGAAAAGAGCCUUUUAAAGAGUGGAAUAUAUGGGGCUGAUGAUCACAAAUUGAUACAAAAUGGGAUUGAGGACUGGGAGGAUCAAAUGAAUAAAACUAUUCUUCCCGUCAUUGACUUUUAUUGUAAAAUCAAUAAUAUUAAUGCUACUCUGUAA